GCUACUAGUUUUUCAUCACCCACUUCCAAUGAACAAAAGAAUGGUUUUGGGAUCAAGAGCUCAUUCUCUCUUCCUUUUAUUCUCUCUUUUCUUAUGUCUUUUCUCCUUUGUGAAAGGAGAGUUGAGGUUAAAUUUUUACUCGGAGAGUUGCCCUCAAGCCGAAGACAUCGUGAAGGAAGAAGUUGAAAAACUCUACCAUAAACAUGGGAACACUGCUGUUUCUUGGGUUAGAAACCUCUUCCAUGAUUGCAUGGUUAAGUCUUGUGAUGCUUCACUCUUGUUGGAGGACACAAGCUCAACAAUCUCAGAGCAAAAUUCACCAAGAAGCUUUGGGAUGAGAAAUUUCAAGUAUGUUAAAGUGAUUAAAGAUGCAUUAGAGAAAGAAUGCCCUAAUACCGUUUCUUGUGCUGACAUUGUUGCUCUUUCCGCAAGAGAGGGAGUUGUUAUGCUUAAAGGACCAUAUUUUAACAUGAGAACAGGAAGAAGAGAUAGCAAAGAAAGCUACAGCCAAGAUGUGAUCAACUCCAUUCCCAACCACAAUGAUAGCCUUUCCUUCAUUCUCUCUCGAUUUCAAUCAAUAGGAAUCAAUGCCGAAGGGACAACGGCUCUUUUCAGAUCCAUCUAUGCUGAGUAUCUCAAAGGACGUUGCCCUUCACCGGAACCUGACCCAAAGGCAGUGGCAUAUGCAAGGAAUGAUAGAGAUACACCAAUGAUAAUUGAUAACAUGUAUUACAAGAAUUUACUUAAGCAUAAAGGGUUGAUGUUAGUAGACCAACAAUUGGUUACUGACCCUUCAACAUCUCAAUUUGUUGAAAAAAUGGCUGUGGAUAAUGAUUAUUUCUAUGAGAAGUUCACCGAGGCUUUGCUCUUGAUGUCGGAGAAUAAUCCGGUCACCGGAGAUGAAGGGGAGAUUAGAAAGGAUUGUAGAUUUGUUAAUUAA